AUGCUUCACGUGGACCCCCACCAGAGACUGACCACCAAACAAGUGCUGAGACACCCCUGGAUCAUCCAUCGGGACAAGCUGCCCAACAGCCAGCUCCCGCACCAGGAUGCCUCCCUGGUCAAGGUGUCUAAUGUGGGGGGGGGGGGGGGGGGUGGUGAGGUGCAUUCAAAACAACAUGGGUGGGGGGUGAACCCGGGAGAGCAAAGUGUGCACGGAUUCAAUGAUUGUCUUGUGGUGCUGAUGGCAAAGACAGUGGCAACCAACCUCCUGCAGUAA